GUACUCUGCGCCUGGUAGGAGACAGACCAACUCAGCGCCCUCUGUUUCAACCAUACAGAGCCGUGAAGGCAUCACGGACGCAGAAUGCUUGGAGUGAUGUUUUACUUCCAAGAUAUGUCGUCAAACUAAUUUCUCUCACAACAUAGUGACGUUGUAAUAACUACUAGUGUAUGGAUGACAACAAGAACUGGUUUUAAGAAAACUGUAAUAAACACAGCUUUUAAAACAGACGUGUGAAACAGUCAAGAGCCACUAUUUAAGAAGGUAAGGAAGUAACCUGUCCAAGACAGUCACAGCUGCAAGAGUGGACAUCGACGACCUUGAUUGAUGGUAUAAGGAAAAAAUCUUAAAAACCUACAAAAUGAAAACCUUUCUGACAACAAUGUUGCUUGUGGAGCUGAUGACAGGGUGUGGUCAAGUCACGGGGACAUGCAGUCGAGGGGUUAACACCCCCGGGCUCAUGGCUAGUAGUAGACUCGUGGGGUCAGUCUACCUCGUGCUUCUGACCCUCACCCCACAGGACUGUGUGACGUCAUGUCUGCAGCAGUCUCGGUGCGCCAGCUUGAACUUCAAGGCGGGACAAUGCGAGCUCAACUACGACAACUCGACAACGGCUCCUUCUGGAAUGGUGGCUGCCUCUGGUUGGAACCAUGCAAGCGCGUUUUAUAUGCCAUCGCGACUUGCCGGUAUUUGUGGGCCCAGGCCGUGUGGUGUGAACGACACGUGCAGAGACAAGGGUGGGAGCUAUGAAUGUGAACAAGAUGAGUUAUGCUUCACAAGUUCGACGCUCUAUCUCGGAACCCUGAACAUUACCAAAACUGGCCGGACAUGUCAGAGAUGGGACACUGACAUCCCACACAAGCGUUCCCAUUUUGCCCGUGGGCUGUCACGCGGAGACCCGGCCCUAGUUGACGAGAGCAACUACUGUCGGAUGGACAAUCACACAAUGCCGUGGUGUUAUACGGUGGACCCCAGCGAACGUUGGGAGGAAUGUAGCGUUCCUUUCUGUUGAGUGAGUGAAUGAAUAUGGUUUUACGACCUUGGACAUCACAGCGGAGGACAUAUUAGCUUCACGAGCAGUAUCAAUAUUAGAAAUCGAACCAGGCAUUAACUAAAUCAACUGAGCUACUGUACCGCACUGCGUAUGUCUGGCCAUAAUAAGUCGCCUUUCAGACAGGUAGAUGGUUUAUAAACGUCAUGUGGACGCUCAAGCGUAUGACAGUAGAGGACUUAAAGACGUCAUACGGACGGUCACGUGUAUGACAAUAUGAGGUGUAUAGGCGUUACAUAAACAGUCAAGUGUAUGCCAAUAGACGGUUUAUAGACGUUGCCACCUAGGGCGUAAAACCUAUCCAUCACGGUCUAGUGAACACUACGGUACCCUCUCCCUUAAUUGCCCGGAGGGGCGGUCGGGUAGCCUCGUGGUUAAAGCGUUCGCUCGUCACGCUGAAGACCCGGGUUCGAUUCCCGACAUGGGUACAAUGUGUGAAGCCCAUUUCUGGUGUCCCCCCCCGUGAUAUUGCUGGAAUAUUGCUAAAAGCGGCGUAAAACCAAACUCACUCACUCACUCACUAAUUGCCCGGCGUCGCCAUACUCUUGCGUCUGUACGUUAAUUGUAAGAGAACUGGUGACCCGUAAAUAUAUUCCCUAGCUGUUUAAUCACAUACUUUUAUCAUAAUUGAUUUGAUACAUGUUAUCUCGUAUAUUUAUGGAAACUUAUUGAAAAUAUUCUUUGAUCUUCAGGCCGUAUCGCGAUUAUCAAGCGCUGGUAGAUAUUUCUCAUGUAUUAUUAUACAUAUCAGGUUGUAAAUCUUUAGUGGUACCGUUAAUAAGUAAUACAAUUGCAUUGCCCUACAGCCGUCCUUUUAAGGUCUUACGUAAGAGAUAUAAAGUAAUAUAACCAGUGAAUACAUUUACGGUUGUUGUUGCUGUUGUUACAAUUAUGUUAUGGUAGUUUUUAUUUUACACUGAAAUAUCUAUUUCUUGGCAAGAUGGAAAUCUAGAGCUUAUACAUUAUUUAUAAUGUGUGAAAUUCCAACGAAAUAUAUAGACCUAAUCUACGUCUCGGCAUAUAAACACUGAAAACAACAAAUUGGGACAGUUAUCUAAAAAGGCUUUUGAAUCUUGUAUUUUGUCAUCUAUAAUUGGAACAAUAUUAAGGACCCCAUCAUUAGUCCAGAAAUGAUAUGUAAAUAAAUGAUUGUAUUCAGUCUUCACAGUGAAGUCCGUAUCUGGUGCAUGCCCGGCCCGACAUCCUCUGGACACAUUGGAAAUCAAAAACAAGAUUUUUUUGUCCCGUGGUAUCCUCCGCCAUAUUUCUUGUGAGGCCUUCAAACUGUUUGAAAAUUUGGGAACGCUGAGGUCGGUCGCGAACCCUUCAGUCCAGGACAACCCGAAGGUGUUAAAUCAGUGACAUGUCUGGGGAUUUGGCUGGCCAGGACAAUGUUGUGACACCUUGCUGCCCCAGACAGUCGACUGCAACAUGAACUCGUUGAGAACGUUCGUUGUCGUCCUGGAACUCAAAGUUCUGACCUGCGCUCUGGACAAAUGGGAUUACCACUGGAUGUAAUAUUUGGUCCACAUACCGUUGACAGGUCAUAUUCCCUUGCCCGAGACCCUUGAAGAUCCGGGGUAGAAUA